AUUCUACUGACAAACUUAUAACUAUCACUAACUAUCACUAAUAACUUGAAAGCCCAAAAGCAUAGAGAAGAAACCAUCCUUUCUUGAAAAAGCUAAGCUAAGCUAAGCUCAACAGAUUCACAUUCACCUCCGUCCUCGGAACUGGCUGGGUUCCAACUUCCAACCUCUCUCUCUAUCCUCUCCGCCAUUACUGAAUUCUAACCCCAAAACCCAAACUCUACCCUAACCAAAGCUUCUUUUCCGCUAUGCAAACGCUACUUUUACCGGCGGGUCGUACCGGCUUCUACCCAGCAGCGGCUGACUCCUUCGCUCCAAAUCUUCCCCGACGCUCCGGGAGACCAAUCUACCUCAACAAUCUCAGACUCCCUUCCUCCAAUUCUCUCUUUUCUACCAAGACCAAGACCUUCCACUCUUCGUCUUCGUCUUCGUCGUUUCUUUUAGCACCGCAGCUGCCGGAGAAUAGGAGAACACCUCUGUCGUUCGCUAAUUUGAGGGCCACUUCUUCGUCUACUCCUAUCACUUCCUCAAACGAUGAGUCUGAGAAGGCCAAACUUGCUCAGGUGGCGAAAAGAUUAGAGAACACUUCUAGGUAUUUCAAGAGAUUAGGAGGUUUAGGGUUUUGGGGGCAGCUAGUAUGCACCAUUGUAGCUGCUGUGAUUCUUUCGUUUUCAGUUGUGGUGACUGGCAAGGUCACAUCUCCAGCUACGUUUUAUGCUACUGCUGGUGGGAUUGCAGCUGCUUUCAUUUCGGUAUUUUGGUCAUUCGGUUACAUUCGGCUUUCCGAUAGGCUUCGAAGAACUGCAAAUGAUCCAUCAAAGGCUCCUCCACGGGCUGAAGUUGUGAAAAGCUUGAGAAAUGGCAUAGUAGUGAAUCUACUGGGCAUGGGUGCUGCGAUUCUCGGCAUGCAAGCUACGGUUGGAUUAUUAGUUGCUAAGGCUCUUACUACCUCGGCGAAUCCAUAUUACCAAGGAAUCACUCCUGGUACCAGUCCUGUUCUUGCAUUGGAUGUCUUCUUGGUGCAGGCAUCUGCAAAUACGAUCCUCUCUCAUUUCUUGGGUCUGGUUUUCUCGUUGGAAUUAUUACGCUCAGUGACAUUACCCUCUCCAGAAAAUACCCCUGUGCCAAGACUCGCAUGAGUUCUGAUGCCUCUGUAGAAGAAGAGGUGGUGCUUCACAAAAUUGGAGAAUAGAGGUGACUUGUUUUUGGAAUCUGUGAAUUGUGAAUUGCUUUUCUCAGUAUGGAAAACAUUAGUGAAAAAUAAACAAAGAAAUGCUUUUGGCCGCUAUGUUAGAUGAGAAAUGUCAAAAUUUUAUUUUAUUUGAGAGAACAAGUAAUGAAACAGUUUCAGGCUUUGAGCUUCCUUAGGCAUCUUGCUCUUUGCUCUUUGCUCUUUGUUUUAAUAAACGCUUACUAUGGAUUCUUUUGGUAGAAGUUGGAAAUUCCUAAAGGCAGACGUUUUAGCUAAUGGAUUUUAUAAUUGAUUUGCUGAAAAAAGGGAAAGAAUUUCUUUAUUAUAUUAUCACAUAAGGCAGUAUCCCAAAAAGCUUCACAUACGAUGAGACAUUUCAAUCAUUUUACUACAUAUAUUUUUGUGCAAGAUCAGCAUAUUUGUUUAACAAAUCCAGUGCAAUUAAAACUACAAAGAAAAACACAUACCAAGGCACUAGUAAGUAGUAAAUUCUGCCCCAUUCUCAAAGAUCGAGAUGAACAUGAAAAGAAUAACCUCGAAGUCAAGGGCUAGACUGUAUAUACCAAAAAACUACCCCAUAAAACGAGUCCAAAAGAACCCAAAGGAAAGAAAAAAGAAAUUGGAAACGUUAAUACUGUAGUCAACUCUUGUAAAUCACCAUUCUCCCUUACUCUUUAAUAGGGGUGGAAUUGCACCAGAGAGUAAAAAGGAACCACAAAAAGCCUCAUAUAUGUGGAACACCCAUCUAUAAGGUCCUAAUAUUACUUUGCCUGUCCUGCAUCACAUGAAAAUAUGCACAAGUACAUUGAUAUAUAUAUGUAUCAAUACCAAUACGAUCAACAAAUAGAACUAAAAAUGUAGACUCGAUGUAAGAAAUAUGCAAUCGAAUUGGAUGAACGAGAAACACAUCAUUAGGAGUUAGGACAAGUCAUGGACAUUGUAUCUUGAAUUCCAAGUUUUCCCAUCUCAAUGAUUUGAGUUUGUGCAGUGUGUUACGCCAUAAAAUCAAACUUAAAGCAUAAGCAUCCAAGUUUGAUCAACCAUACCAUAUAAAGGCAUCUUAAAACUGCAUUGUGUAAUAUUGAGCUAAGUUUUUAGACAAUUAGGAGUGCGAAAGUACUCUUGGGCUUUUGGAUUUUUUUCCAAUUUCAGAAGUGGAUGGCAGACACAACAUGACAUUAGGUAGGUUCUCUUAAAAGCAUUUUGCAAGCAAUUUAUGAAAAGUAACCUACACAAGCUAGAAAGUGCAAGCCAUUGGGAAGCAUAAAAUCAAUAUAGUGUAGUCAAUGAGCAAGAGUAAUCGCCAGAAGACAGUGCAUAAGUACUAGAGUCCUAAUGAAAAUUGCCGAGCUGUACAAAUGGUGAGGUUUGACCUUUGAACUAUCAGCACCAACCAGAAAAUGGUAAGGAAAAAAGAAUAGACCGACAAAGAGGUGGUUGCUGUGUGUGUGAGAGAGAGAGAAAAGGAGAUUUUACCUACUGCACCUUCUUUUCCUUAUUAAGUGACAUAGGAAUCUUCUUUAGAACGUUUUCAUCAAUUUUUCUGUACUGUGUCUGAAUCAUCUUAUGUGUUACGCAAAGUUUAUCAUCAAUAUGGUGCUGAUACUUAUCAUACAACACUGGAACUGAAAAACUAAGAAGAACCCCUGCAUUAUAAAAUAAAGAAACAAAAAGAAUGAGAACAUAUUUGGUCAUGUGAAAUCACUUAAUCGCAAACAUUUAUUGGCACAGUAGAAAUCUCACCAACAUAGGCAAGAGUGAGAAAAUUGAAGAAACUUCCAAUAUAAGAUGCCACCCAUAAAACUAAAGCAACCUGCCCAUCCAUAGUAAUAUUGAAAAAGAAAGUUAAGCAAAUAAAACAGCAAAAUUCUGUAUAAUUUGACCAAAUUUGCUGGAGUAAAAAUUCAACUGGGAUGGUAACACCUAACCUGGAAGAACAAUUUCAAAUUUCUACCAAUUGCAAUGUCUCGUGCAAUUAAUAAUGCUUGAUUAACCCAUACCCGCAGUACAUCGGCGGCAAUCACGACAGAGUUUUCAGAAAUUUCUAAAUCAGGAAGAGGAGGCAAAGGUCUGCAAACAGAUUAAAAUCAUCUGUCACUACAAGUAUAGAAUAACUCAUCACCAUCCUGGAAACUUCUGAAGUUUCCUAAGCUUCUAAACUAAUUACAUUUUGUAAUUAUGUCUUCUUAUAAAUGAUGAUUCCCAUCAUCUAAAUCUCAAAAUAAAUCAUCACCCCAUCUUGAAAACUUUAACUUCACACCACGUAAAUUGACGAAUGUCAUUUUAAAAACUACAUGUAUUCAAUAAUCAAUACGAGUAGCUUCUUAUUUCUUCAAACAGAACGAAAAUUCCGGUAAAUUAUUACACGAAUCUAGUAGAGCCAUAACUCAUCUCUGUUAAAUCCACCUUUUUUUUCAGAAACCACGCAAAAGGGAAACUCAUUUCUUAAUCUGCAUUGGUUCUUAUAUAACUUGAAUGCACUCUGAUUUCGCUUAGAACUUCUAGUUAUAGCAAGCUCAAUUAACAUUCACUCUCCCAUCUUUAUUUUUUACUGUCUUCAAAUUUAAAUUGGAUACAUUAGAUAAAUUAUUCGUCAAUAAAUGGUUCCUCAGUUGAAGGAAAUUACUCAAAGAAAAAAUUCCCAUAACCAAAACCACUACAAAUCAGACAAGACAAGAGAUAACCAACUGAAAAUGGAAUCAAGGUGAAAACACUUAACAAAUACCUGUUAAGAAGAGAUGCAGAUUUUGCCCAGAAGAAGAGAAUGACGACAAGUAACAAUAGAACAUUGGCCACAAAAGAUAACGGGUUGUAGCCUGCUCGUUCAAAUAGGAACCAUAACGCCGUUGAUGAAAGUAGUACUGCAACUCCUACGCUCCAUUUCUUCCAUA